AUGACAGUCGAAACACCAUCCGACUCGCGUGCCUUGCACGACGACGGUCGAUCAGGCACCGUAACGUCCAAGGAGGGCGCCGAGGACUUCAAACUGGGGACACGUGGACUGCUGGUGUUUUUGGCGCUGUCGGUGUUGUCGCUGAUGGCUGCUCUUGAUGGAACAUCUGUGUCUGUUGCCCUUCCGAUCAUGUCGGAAGACCUGCAUGGAACGGCUAUUGAAUCCUUCUGGACUGGAACGUCCUUCCUCUUGACAUCUACAGUGUUUGAGCCAAGCUUUGCCAACCUAUCAAAUGUGUUUGGCCGACGCCCAGUCAUUCUGUUUUCCAUUCUACUCUUCUUCGUCGGGGCUCUGGUGUCGGGGAUCGCCAAAAACUUUACAUACAUGCUCGUCGGACGGUCCAUUCAGGGUAUCGGCGGUGGUGGAAUCAUCGCGCUCACUGAAGUCAUCGUGACCGAUAUAGUGCCUUUGAGACAGCGCGGUCAGUAUCUGGGCAUUCUGAGCGCGAUGUGGAGUAUUGGAUCUGUGACUGGUCCUAUCCUUGGGGGUGGAUUCGCGGAGGAUGUCACCUGGAGAUGGGUGUUCUAUAUCAACUUUCCCUUUAUUGGAGUCGGAGUAAUCUUUGUCGCUGUUUUCCUGAACCUGAGCCCGAUCCCAGGUUCAGUAGUGGAGAAGCUCCGCUCCAUAGACUGGCUCGGCGCGGUGAUCUUCAUCGGAAGCAUGACGUCUUUCCUCAUUCCAUUAACUUGGGGCGGGGUCCUGUACGCCUGGGAUUCAUGGCGUACUCUCGUGCCCAUUAUCGUGGGCCCCUGUGGCCUGAUCGCAUUCGCAUUUUACGAAUACUACGUCGCCGACUAUCCAAUGAUCCCACCCAGUAUCUUCAAUAACCGGACAGCCACCGUGACUUACAUCGGAAGUGCUGUCCAGGGACUAGUUCUGUGGUGUGUCUUGUACUAUCUUCCGUUAUACUUCGAGGCCGUCAAGCAGUACUCUCCAAUCAUUGCCGGUGUCGCCCUGUUUCCUCAGACCUUCACCGUCGCCCCCAGCGCUGUUAUUGUAGGAUUUGCAAUUACUAAAACAAGCGCCUAUCGGUGGGCGGUCUGGUCCGGAUGGGCGCUUUCAACCCUUGGAAUGGGGUUGAUGUGCUAUAUCAAGGCGGACAGCAGCAUCCCCCAAUGGCUUUUCAUCAACCUGGUCAGCGGCCUGGGGCUGGGCGUCCUUUUCCCCGCCCUAACAUUCGCCGUGCAGGCUGCCACACCCAGUGAGAACCUGUCCAUGGCCGUGGCCAUGUUUAGUUUCUUCCGUGCACUGGGCCAGUGUAUUGGCGUCGCUGUGGGGGGUGUGGUUUUCCAGAAUCAAAUGAAAAAGAACCUCUUGAAAUAUCCCAGUCUGGCGCCAAUGGCUGACACGUAUAGUCAGGAUGCAGCGGGCCUUGUCAGAGCCAUUGCGGGUAUGGCGGAUGAAAGUGAGAAGAACAAUUUGAAAGACGCGUAUACAGAUAGCCUGCGAGUCGUGUACGCUGUCUGUUGUGGCAUCUGUGGGGUCGCGCUCCUCACAAGUCUAUUGACGAAGAGCUAUGACCUGGAUCAGGUUUUGAACUCAGCGCAAGGACUGCAGAGGGACAGAACGGCGGAUGAGGAGGAAAGUAAGGAGACAGGCAUAUAG